GUCGCAGUCCGUCGAAUCGGCCUCGACCUGGCCUGCCCCGGUGUGCAAUCAAAUCGCUGGUCCCAAUUCCAAACCCUGAUCCAACGAUAAAGCAGUGCGGCGCAGGGGUCCUUAUAUCUUCUCGCGCGUCUGCACCCCGCUGCUGCCUCAGACGUGGAUUUUCUCACAUCACCCACAUCCUCCCCGCAAGUAGAAGUUGCAAUUGCCCUCAAUCCAUCAUGCCAGCUUUCCAAGCCAAAGAAGACCGCCCAAUCGAGGUGGAUGAUGCGGAUGUACCUCACCGCAUCUCGACAACAAUCCAAGAGGACGAAGGCACGAUCGAAGUGGACGCGGAUGAGCCCGAUCUCGACGAUUUCAACGCAGGUUCAGGCUCCACAACAACCUCAAUCACCUCCAGUAUUAUGAAAUAUGAAUUCAAACACGGGCGUCGCUACCACUCCGACAACAUCGGAAGUUACCCGUUCCCUAACGAUCAGGCAGAGCAGGACCGUCUGGACAUGUGCCAUCACGCGUUCUACCGUCUGAUGAACAACCGCUUGUUUCUCGCUCCCAUCAACCCCGACGGGAUGAGGAUUCUCGAUAUCGGCACGGGAACCGGCAUCUGGGCCAUCCAGAUGGGCGAUGAGCACCCUGGGGUCGAAAGUAUCGUGGGGAACGACAUCAGUCCCAUUCAGCCAGCGUGGGUCCCGGCCAACGUGAGAUUUGUCGUGGAGGAUGUGGAAAUGAACUGGAUCGAGACCAAGCCAUACGACUUCAUCCACUGUCGGUACAUGGCGGGAUCGAUCCGAGACUGGCCGCGACUGAUCAAGCAAUGCUAUGCGAAUCUCAAGCCAGGGGGCUGGUUGGAGCUGCAGGAAUCAGUCAACACGCUGGUCUCGGAGGAUGGGAGUCUCCGACCGGAUAGUCACAUGGUCCGGAUGAUGGAAACGCUGAAGGAGGCUUGCAAUAAGAUCGGGCAAACUAUGGACCCGGCGCCCAACUUCGAGCAGUGGGUCGAGGGCGCUGGAUUUGGCACAGUGCAUAAGGCCAAGUUCAAGCUUCCGGUUGGUACCUGGCCAAGGGAUGAGCGGCUGAAGGAGUGCGGUAGCUUCAUGCGAGUGAACAUGGUUGAAGGUGUGGAAGCAUUCACGGCUGCCCUGUUACCCGAUGUUCUGGGCUGGGAUCAUCAGGAGGUGAUGGAUCUCAAUGAGGCGGUUCGCAAGGAGUCAAUGAAGAAUGACAUGCAUCCGCUCUUUGAAUAUAUUGUUUUUGCCGCACAGAAGCCGCUUGAGGAGUCUUGAUAGAUAUUGGACAUAUUAUCGAUGUUUGGAGGAACACCACCUCUUUUAGGAACUGCUGUCUGUUGAGUAAUUCGCCAUUGGUGAUUGUAGCUUUUAUUGCAAUGGAACGUAUCGCAAA